AGCGCGCCCGCGCGCCUCGGGGAGGCGCCAGCGCAGGAGCCGCGGGCAGGCAGCGGACGCCCCCUACAGGCCGGACAGGAAAAGUUCAACAUGUUUCAAAUUCCUGUUCAAAACCUUGAUAAUAUAAGGAAGGCUCGGAAGAAAGUGAAAGGCAUCCUUGUGGAUAUUGGGCGUGAUAGUUGCCAGGAAAUACUGCAGACUCUGAAAAGCUUUGACCCGGGAGAAAAAUACUUCUACAACACUUCAUGGAGUGAUGUCUCUCUUUGGGAAUCUGCGGCCAAACGAAAAAGAUAUAGAACUAAUCCAUACUGCUGUAGCCUGUGCAAGUUUUCAUCGAAAUUCCUUACUUCUUUCAAAAACCACUUGAACCGUUACCAUGAAGAUGAAGUUGACCAAGAAUUAGUUGUCCCGUGUCCAGAAUGUGCAUUUGCUUCUCACACCAAAAUAGUGGGAAAACACCUUCGGAUGUUUCACUCUAAGAAAAAAAUACAAAACUAUAGCGUGAGUGGCGGCAUGAGGCAAUUCCGCAGCGAUUCCGUCAACUUCAUCUGUCUGAAAUGUCAGUUUACAGACACAUUGUAUUACAAUACAAAGAAACACGUGCUGGUGACCCACUUCCCAAAUCUCAUAAACACAUAUUGUGAGGACAGGCUUGACGAAAGCGAAGAGAAUUUUACGGAUCACUACUGUAAAAAAUGCAAUGCUUUUGCUAACAGCCGGGAUUCUUUAAUUUAUCACGUCUUGACAUCUGAAGUACACAAAGACUUGGAGAUGAUAUUGAGGCCUGCAAUUUCAGUGCAGCCUAAAAAGCCAGGACAAGCGAAGUCAUUGCCGAUUGUCAGUAUAGCUCCGAAGCCGUGCGCGGUUGGAGCUAGUCCACCAUUAAUACCUACAACAGCCUCCGCGAGCUCAUCUCCUGCCACAUCUUGUGUUCAGCUUUCACUUCCAACAAGCAGUCAGAAUCAAGCCCUGGUGCCUGCAAAAGCAGUUCCAAAUACAGUUGGACCACUGAGCGUUUCAAGUGCCUCCAGCAGCAUUCAGUGUACGACCCCCACGACUUCGGUGGCUCAGUCACGCAUGCAGCUUGUGUCUGGCCCCGGCCCAGGAGGUCAGAAUAAGGUUUCUCUCCAGCCUGCAGUUUCCCAGCCGGUCUUUGUUUCUCCUCGGCUUCCGAUGAAACAGCCUGUGAGGCCUGGGGUCUUCUGCCUGAACCAGCCCGCCGGCACCAUCAACAGGGCCGUUCCUCCAGGAGUCCUUUCAUUUAAUCGGCCUGUCAGGCCUACCCUGCUCCCGGUGAAUCAGGCGGUUAGGACUGUCAGCAGUCCAGUUAUGCCUGGGGCUCUCCCUGUGACCCAGCCAGCUGGGUCUCUAAAUAGACCCAUUGGGGCCAAUGCUGUUCCGGUAAACAGAUCUUGUGUGCCCGGAGUCCUCACUGCAAACAGGUCUGUGGGUGGUUUGAAUCGACCCAACGGUCCUGGGAUUCUUCCAGUGACCCAGACGAUCACACCGGGGGUUCUUCAGUUCAACCAUCCUGUUGCGCCAGGGGUUCUGCCUGUCAACCAGUCUCUCGGACCGGGGAUUCUUCAGUUUAGUCAGCCUGUUGUUCCUGGGGUUCUGCCUGUCAACCAGUCUGUCCGACCAGGGGUUUCUCAGAACGCUACUUUACUGACUGCUGGUCCUCUGCUUCGACAGUUAAUUCCAACUGGGAAGCAAGUUAACGGGAUCCCUACAUACACCCUUGCACCAGUUUCAGUUACUUUGCCCGUUCAGCCUGGUAGUGGGGUAGCAACAGUUACAUCGCCUCAAGUGCCCGUUCAGCUGAUGCAGUCUGGCACAGUUAACCAGCUGCCUCAGCCUCUGGCUACUGUGCCUUCUCCUAUGAUCGUCACUUCUACUACCAACGCCCUUGCCAAGACUUCUCCGUCUGCUUCUGAAGUGAGCCUCGCUCUCAAGCAGGCAAAGCAGUGGAAGACAUGCCCUGUUUGCAGUGAGCUGUUCCCGUCAAAUGUCUAUCAGGUGCACGUGCAGGUAGCUCACAAAUUCAAUUUGCUGAAGAAAAGGGUUACUCAGGAAACUGCUAAAGUGGCCGCCUGCGCGCCUUUUUUGAGGUGGUUGAAAGACAAGACAGUUAGGUGUUUCUCUUGCAAAUGUUUCCUUUCUGAGAUGGAACUUAUAGAACAUCUGUUCAAGCAUGGGUUAUCCUGCCUGUUCUGCACCAGUACCUUCCAUGACUUAUCAAGCCUUGUAGAUCACACCAGAAAUGUACAUAAAGGCAAAAAGAAGCUGCACACGGAUUACGAUGAGAAAGGGUUUCAGCUGGAGAGUAAUUCCGAAGGGGACCUCCUGUUUCCUCACUUUGACUACAAUAUAACAUCAUCGGAAGAAAAACUUCGUGGAAGAGAAGUGCACCUAGCAAUCCUCGCUGGGGUAAAUUCAAGGACACUUAUUCCUCUGUACAUAAGACUGCAGCACGAGACUGCCGAAACAAAUAAGGGUAAUAAGAAAGUCUCAACUUGCCCCUUCUGUUACGGAACGUUUACCAGCAACGGAGCCUACGAGAGCCAUUUGAAGGAGAGGCACCACAUCAUGCCGACUGUGCAUACCAUUCUCAAGACUCCGGCUUUCAAGUGUAUCCACUGCUGUGGGGUAUACACGGGCAACAUGACCUUGACAGCUAUCGCGGUACACUUGCUUCGCUGUCGGAGCGCUCCCAAAGACAGUGACCCAACUGUGAAAAUGGAGCUGGACCCUGACGUGAAGAAAGAGCUGCCGCUUGUGAAUGGUGAAAAGCAUGACCCCGUGACUCUUCCAACGAAGAGGAAGCAGUCUGAUCAUCUUUACGCUAUUGCAGAGGACCAAGACGAUGAGGACCAGCCGUUCCUGAUUAUAAAUAGUGGUACGGCCCAGGUUCCGGUAAAGGAGGUGAAUUUUGUGCCUUCCAAACGACAAAAGACUGAUAAGAUUGAAACAAAGGGGCAGCCUUCAGUGGACGGUCUUCAUAUUUUAGCACUAAAUCCGAAGCCAUUCCAGCAUAGCUCAAAUGAUGUUCAAAAACGUUUCCUUGCAGAUUACUUUCAUAAGAAGCCGUAUCCUACUAAAAAGGAGCUAGAACUAUUAUCUUCUGUUCUGGGUGCAUGGAAGGUUGAUAUUGCAUCCUUUUUUGGGAGAAAGAGACAUCAGUGUCUAAAGUCGAUAAAAACUCUCAAGCCAUCUGUGCUUUUGGGCUUCACAAUGUCUGAACUUAAAGAUGUAAAGCACAGUUUGAUCUUAAAGCGUGAAUCAGAAGAGGUGUAA